GCGACCGUGGUGAAAAUACAAACAGCAAACGCUCACCGUGCGCGGGACAUCGUGUGUCGAGUCACUUGUAUACAAAAUACGAUAUUAUGUACAACUGAAUACUACGCUGCCGAGAAGCCCGCGAAAUAUAAUAUUAUUAUUGUGUAUUAGAAAUCAUUUGAAAUCGAUCUCAAUAUCAAAAUCACAUCGAUCCGCGUACCUACAUCAUUUUUGUGUUUUUCGUGGUCGUGGAUGGCAGUCACGCCGUCACAGAACUGUAAUAACUUGUAAUACAGAUUCGUGAUAUUAUUACCACCGAUCUACACAUUAUAUAAGUGUAAACAGUGUAGUUUAUCUUUCUCACCUACGACGCCGCCGAUCAACGUAUAUACAGCAGCACUCUCAUCCGUCGUCCCGUCGUAGCCGAGACCAGAGUGUUCAUACUACAGUAACAUUUUGCUGAUUGAAAACGUUCAUCCAAAAUGAGGCUGAUUACCUAUAGACUGGCCAAAAAUCUGGAGAAAAUGGUCGAUUUCUACUCGCAGUUCAAUCCAUCAUCAUUAUCCAUUAAACAGUUCAUUGACUUUGGCUUAAAGGCAAAUGAACAAAAAUCAUAUCAAUUUUUAAAGAAAGAACUUCCGGUUCGUUUAGCAAAUAUUAUGAAAGAAAUUCACUUGCUACCAGAUAAUCUGUUGAAAAUGCCAUCUGUAAAUUUAGUCAAUAACUGGUAUACACAAUCUUUUAAUGAAAUGAUUGAAUUUGAAGUUGACGAUGGAUGUACAGAACAAACUUUAGAUAAAUUUUGUAAAAUAUUAGUAAAAAUUCGUAAUCGCCAUUCAGAUGUUGUCCAAACAAUGGCACAAGGGGUCUUAGAGCUGAAAGAUUCACAUGAAAUCGAUUUGCAUACUGAGAACAGUAUUCAAUAUUUUCUUGAUCGUUUUUAUAUGUCUCGAAUUGGUAUUCGUAUGCUUAUUAACCAGCAUACAUUGUUAUUUGGUGACCAUAUAAACAGCAAUAAUCAUCAUCAACAUAUUGGAUGUAUUGAUCCAUAUUGUGAUGUGAUAAGUGUUGUGAAAGAUGCAUAUGAGAAUGCUAGAUUUUUGUGUGACCAAUAUUAUUUGACCUCACCCGAAUUAGAAAUCUGUAAAAGUAUUGAUGCUGAUGAUGAGCCAAUAAAAAUUGUUUAUGUGCCAUCACAUUUAUAUCAUAUCCUCUUUGAAUUAUUCAAAAAUUCAAUGCGAGCUAUUGUUGAGCAUCAUAAGACUGAUAUUUUGCCACCAUUGCAAGUAACAAUUGUAAAAGGAAAAGAAGAUGUCUGUGUUAAAGUGUCUGAUCAAGGUGGUGGCAUUCCAAGGAGCUUGAGUGAACGCAUGUUUCACUACAUGUAUUCAACUGCACCACAACCUUCAAAAUCAGAUGCCCAUACAGUGCCAUUAGCAGGGUAUGGUUAUGGACUUCCUAUAUCUAGACUUUACGCAAGAUAUUUGCAUGGGGAUUUAGUUUUGUUAUCUUGUGAUGGAUUUGGUACUGAAGCCAUUAUUUACUUGAAAGCUUUAUCAAAUGAAGCUAAUGAGUUGUUGCCAAUUUAUAAUAAGAUGUCAACCCGGUUCUACAAAACAACUGAUCAUACUAUAGACUGGAGAAGUACAUGCAAUCAUACACCGAUCAGUCAGCAGCAGUUUACACAAACACAAUAAGUACAACUGACCAUUUGAAGCUGUUUAGUCGCCAUUUAUAUUUAAAGAUAAUACAAUAAUGGAAUUUUUUUUUUUAAUUUAUUUUAGUUUUUAAUUUUUUAGAUAUUAGAAAUUGUUCAUAAUUGGUAAAAAAAAAGGAAUGUUUUUUUGAACAUAAUUCCUUUACUCUCAUUAUAUUUUUGUAUUAGCUCAUUUAGUAAAUAUAUUAUUAAUAUAUUAUUGAGAGACUCAAGGUUAAUUUUCAUGGAUAUGGAAAAUUUGAAUUAAUUAUAUAAAUGGAACUUUUAGUUAUAUUAUUUUUUAUUAAUUUUGCAAUUUAUGAAUACAUUCUAAUUGUUUGUUUAAAUUUUUAAAGUGGUAAUCACAUUAAUUUUAUGAUUGAAAUAAAAAUACUGUUAGAAAGUUAAGCUCGUGAUCAUUAGAAAGUAAUUACAAAAACACACAGAGAGUUAAUUGACUUCCAUAGAUUUACUAUACUAAAAGAUGUAUUCUAGUUUUCUGUUUUUAAUAAUUCAUAUUUAUGAUAUUUGUUAUUUAACAAUUGAAUUAAUCUGUUCUUUUAUACUUUUACACUAACCUGAUUUUAAUUUUAAAAAAAGUUGUCUA